AUGGUCCCUCUGGUGUUUGCCCUGCUACCAGACAAGAAACAAUCCACUUAUCUACGUCUGUUUACCAUCCUGAAACAGAAGGCCAACCAGAUGAACCUCCAGCUACAGCCCAACUUCGUCUUCACUGACUUUGAAACCGCAGCCCAAAAUGCCGCCAAGAUAGAGUUCCCAUGCCAGAUUAAGGGGUGUAUGUUUCACUUCAGACAAGCAGUAUGGAAGAAUGUGCAACGCUGUGGACUUCAGGUAGCAUUUCAGAACAAUCCAUCUGUGAAUCGGUUUAUCCGUCAUGCAGCAGCACUUCCACUUAUCCGAAUUUGUGACAUUGAAGACUUCUGGCUCCAUGCUUUGGAAUCGGUUGAUAUGGACAUCCCUGGUGUAAGGAACUUUGCUGACUAUGUGACUGAGCAGUGGGUGGAGGGUGGAGAGAGAUUCAUGUGGAAUCAUUUCGACACUUUUGUGAACCUGAUCAAGUCCGAACAGAACUUUGGAGGGUUGACGGUGAUGCAGCUGAAUACAGGUGGAAGUGUUAGACCCAAGAAGAAGGUGUACCGCCAGCUAGAGGAAAGGUGA